AGCUGUCAAAUGUAGGACACCCCUACAAAUUAAAUGAUUCACUCUCAUCAACUGGAAAAGACUCAGCCCUUGAACAGCUUCAAAUGGGCCGCACCACUGCCGUUGUGGGUGUGCACCCACCAACAAAGAAACCUGCACACAGAGGACCUGUUACCCUAUUAGUGCUCACAAUGGCUGAAUGGGUAUUAAGGUGCGAUAUUGUCCAGGGGCAGACACUGAUGGGGGUAUUCUGCUCUUUAAUCGGUUCUGUAUUGCUUCACUUUGUCAUCCGUACGACCCGAGGAAGGUUUUGCAUUGAGAUGUUGUCCGGGAGAUACCUGACGCCAACCCAAUGGUGUGAAAAAUGAUUAUAUGCCGCUGCACUUUACGGACACCUUAUAAAUAGAAAAAUUGUACUCGGCGACCUAUUCGUUAGUCAGUGUAGUGUAGGAUUUUUUUUCAAAGACGGACGUAAACAACAUGAGUCGCAUUGGAGUUGUAAGCAUAGCAAGGAAGUGUAGGCAGAGGAGAAAGUUGAAGCCAAGCUAAGGCCGAGUUUGGUCAGGAACCGAUUUGUCAACUACUGGUUGAUCCUUCUUGGUAACCUGUACCCUAAACAUGUCCCGGGUACCAGUGUUUUAACAGGAAGAUUAAAUUCCUGACAUUCCUCUGCCAAGCCACCAAGUCCAGAUGUAGCACCUUGUAUCUGUUUUUGGACUUGACAUUUGGCAGACCGUCUGAACACAGCCAGACAACCCCCUCCCUCCCCAGGAAAUUGGCAACAGAUGCAGGGGCAUGAAUGGAUUCAACAACAGUGCAUUGGCCAGUUGGCUCUCUGAUGAUGUCAUUGAGAUGCACAUGACGGACGAGGCGUCAGUGGUGAGGUGGCUACAAGAUCUGAGGACACUGACAGAGUGUGAGUGCAUGUGCAUACUACAGGGCAAACCCAUCCGCACCUCGGCCCACAACAUGGCCAAAGUCACGUCCAGUGCAAGAGAUAACAUCUACAUCCUCAGGCAGCGGGCCAGUUCAAUCUCAGCUGAUUUUGCAAAGUUGUACUACAAACUUGAUUCAGGGUCCUGGGACCAGGUCCACUGGUUGUGUCUUUCAUUGACCAUUCGCCUGCGCACAUUCCUUCAUGAGUGCACGUCUUAUGUCCCAGCCAUGCCACUUCACUUGUUCCAGCAACAGCAAACAGUUUUUGAGGAAUGCGGCAGACUUGUAAAGCAUGCAGAGAGCUUUGAGGAGUUGAACGGCGCCCUGCCUCCUGCCUUGCCAACGUUGAAUGUGCUGAGCAGUUUAGGCAAGGCGUUCAAUGACCUGGUCCACAUGGUGCAAGGCAUUCUCGUUCAGACUGUCGUGAGAAGUGUCCGUGAGUCAGCCAGUGAGUACAACAUCAAGAUUGCCAUCAACUCAAUUCACUGUCUGUCGGAAGAUGACAGUGAGAUGCGAAGGCUACUCGCUAAGGAGGGCGCUAUACAAGCUUUACUGCUGCUCUGCCAGCAAGCCUCUCUCAAUGCUGUGAAGCCCAUGGCUCUCAAGGCUGUGGCUAACUUGUGCAAUGUUGCCGAGGGAAGACAGGAGUUGGAGAGGGCAAGUGGUGUGGAAUACCUGAGUGAAAUUUUGUCCUCGCCUUCUGCCACGGAGUCAGUGAAGGCAGAGGCCGCAUCGGUGGUUGCCCAGAUCACAUCCCCAAACAUCGACAAUUACCACCACCUGCUAGGGUUCAUUGAAUACAUGGAGGACCUGCUGAAAGAGUUAACAGCUUUGGCAGAGACUGCAUCAUCGAGUUCUGUAUUUGUCAUCACAGUUUCUGCCAUAGCCAACAUCACCUUCAUGGAUAGUAUGGCGUGCGAUUGCCUGGCUAGCUUUCACACAGCGAGGGCGCUAGUCAAGGGCUGUAGUAAUGGCAUGGCCAAUACACUGUACUGCAAAGACCAGGUAGCAACAAUACUGGCCAACAUGGCCGUUACGGACCAAUGUCGGAAAGAGAUCAUUGUGUCGGGUGGCACAGAGCUGCUAGUGGACUUCCUGCACACGAGGGCACUAGUCCCUACCUCCAGCAGCAAGAAGAUGAGCCCCAAGGGCAGCAGGCUGAGCGGGGGCAGCAGCGGCAGUGACCAGCAGCUGGUGAUGUCAUCAUCCUGUGAGAAGGUGCACCAGAAGGGGGCCAUCGCCUUGGCCAGGCUGGCUAGGGAUCAGGAUAGCGCCGAGCUCAUUCUGGACCUGGAAGCGAUACCAAGAUUGGUGGAGCUUUGCUGUAACAGACGAGAAAGGAACGACAGUGAGCCAGUCCUUGUUGCCUGCCUAGCGGCACUAAGGAAGCUUCACAGCCUCCUUGGCCCAUCUGUUUUCAAGUCAUCAGAUGUGGACAGGCUCAUUAAGCCCAGACUCAUUGACUCCUUCAUGAUGUGCUCUGCUACAAAAGAGAGCUUUGUAUGACACGGGGCUGUUAGCAUUUCUGAUCAGAAUGUUAUAGUGUAGACACAUAUCCCAACUAAUUGAGAUGUCCUACCUCUGUCUUGGACACUGUCCGUUUAUUGGCCCAGAAAGAUCAUAUGACCGGGUGAUCUAUCCGCAUAUCGCACUCACUGUGAGAUAUCUCUUUCUGUCACGGGCAUAAGACAGAAGAGCUUGGGGAGGUUUAAGAGCGAACAUUUGUGCUCCAUUAGUCAGUUUUUCCAUGGUACCCGUUUUGUGCAUAGGCUACCGGGGAAUUCGAUCAAUGAUUGCGCUCAUUUAACAGACUCGUUCCUGUCCCCGCUGCAUAUAAUGUAAUGUGGGGUCUGCUAACCAGACUACAUGUACUCACUGGUACCCGCACUAGUUUCACAUUAAAGUUUACGCAAUUAGAGGAAGUGAGGGAACAGUGUAUUUGCAGAUGAUAUUGUCUAUGUAUGUUUACUUGUACAGUUUGACAGUAGGCCUUUCGUCUUCUGAAAUUAUUAUUUGUGUGGAUAAAUUUCUUGAGACAGAGGUAUGACAAAACAAUUGUUGACUGCUUUGGUAUGGGAUAUGACAUUUUGAACACCCAAGGGACGGGUAUAGACCGUGUUUCAAAAGAUCAUUUUGUGGAAGGAAAGAGCCUGGAAGCUAUUAGUUUGUGGCUUUGGCCUAUGUCAUAGUCGCGUGUCCUACUCCUAGCCACAUCCAGUUGAUCGAGAUGUGUUUUUUUUUUCUUGGCUGUCAUAUCAACAGCAAAACAAGACAACUACAAGGAAGUGUUGCGUCAAAUCUCAAGUACAUGUAGCUUACUCAUGUUCUGUCCCUUAAGCCUGGCAGUAGCCUGGCUAGGCAUACAGCAGGAACAUUGGUGCAUUUUGACUGCGUGUUUGUUUGAUGUAUCAUCUGUAGCAAUGUUACUGUUUUGAGAUGUAGAUAAGAUUUGUGUGUAUUUAUUAGUUCAUGUGUAUAUUUUUCAAGUUAUGCAUUGAAAAGCGCUUAUUGUAUAUAUAGAUUUAUACAUAUCCACGGUGCUCAAAGCAGAAUAUAUUUAUGAGACUUUCAUUCUAGUUUUUGGAACCAAGAUAUAAGAGCUUUGUCAGAGACUUCCCAUGAAACUUGUCUUUCACAAGGAGGGAAGCUCAGUUGUAUGCUAACCUUUUACAAAUCGUCACGUUUGUACUUGUAGUUUAUUGUUUAUUCAUUAGGAAAUAUUCACAGAUGUUUGUUGACAGGGUAGGACUAAGUUAUCCUUUCCCAUUCACGUCAAUUUGCUAAGCCUACUUAAGACCGCAUACUUCAGCCCUCAACUCCACAGGAUACGGUGCUAAUUUAAAAAUCCUUGAGAGUUUUUCAGAAAUGACUUUACCCAAGGCAUGUUCUUCAGGCACAUAGCCUGGGUUUGGUUUGCCCCUGGCAAACAAUUUAGUGUGAGACAAACUUGCAUAAAUGUCCAUUUGAAAUUUUUAAAAAAAUAUCCUGUGUUUUUCAUCAUCACAACCGAUAUCCCUGUUUAGAUUUAUGGCACAUUUUGACAGUCCUGAGUUUGAAUUUAUAAUCUCCCAUCCCUUAUUUUGCUUGUUUUGGUUUAACUAGCCCAUUGGAAGUAUGGCAGACACAGUAGGAGGGCGCUAUCCGCCCAGAGUUAAAGUGCACCCUCACUGGCGCAAGAAAGACAGGCAUGGAGGUGAGAAGCUUUCCAACCGGGUUCCUGCACGCAUUCAGCGCACAUGCAAAACUGUACGUUCCAGCAUAAAUUCCUUGCGUGUAUUCAGCGUGCCCUGCACCAAACUUGCGCGCCUACCAGGGAGUUGUACCGAAGGACCAUCAUUUUCAUUUAAACACACCCCGUUUUGUUCCCCGGAAAAUCGUCUGUUCGCUAAUAAUUCAUCCCGCUUCAAACAGCGCCCUCCUAUUAUGUCUGCCACACUUCAAAUACCGGUAGGCCAACACUGGUUUGCUUUGCAGUUGUACCCGUACAUUCUGUAGCCCAUAGCACUCUGCCCUCGGUUAUGCUACCGAUGUCCUUUGUAUACUCACACUGCGGGCAAAGUUCCAAGGGGCGUGAAGUCCCACGUCAAGUGGUACACUGGUAGGGUUUUACCAUCCCCAAACCUCCACAGUGCUCCCAGACCGGAUGAUUUUGACAGAUUUUGUUUAGAUGACGUGUUGGAUGAGGUAUAGCAGUUCUCGGCAGUUAUAGGCAAUUUCAGCAACCAGAAUUGGCCAAUAGAUGCAGCAGCGCCACACUAACUAUGCAUGUGAUGGGCUUGUUAUGUUCCUCUCUGGUCAAGGGGGGUAUUGAGAAUUGCCUUAAGUGCAUGUGCAUACACAAGCAUGGUGCCACCGAAGGUAUGGUAUCUCCAUAGAACUGUGUCUGUCUGAUGCUGUGUUUUCAUCACAUCAAUGCAGCCCUGUAAUGCCACGUCGAAGCAGACUGUUUUCUCUUGACAUUAAUUUAAAAAAGAAUAAACUUCAAACAAAAAGGCUGUGGUUAUUCAAAGGCUGUACUUUAUUACUGUGUACACUGGAAUGAUCACAAGUAUCAUAUUCAAUCUCUCCGCUGGUAAACCUCAAAAUUAAUUCCAUGAAUGAAAAAAAAAA